AUGGUAAGUGGUCACAAGAACUUUCUCAAACUGUUAGGAUGCUGUCUUGAGUUUGAGUAUCCUGUGUUAGUAUGUGAGUAUGCAGAACGUAUACCUUACAAUAAUACUCCAAACUUGGGAAUGUUAAUCAAGAUGGCAAAAGAGAUUGCUGUUGCUGUUUCUUAUCUUCACACUGCGUUUCCAAGGACUAUGGUUCAUAUGGAUAUACAACCUUCUAACAUUUUCUUGGAUUCUAACGGGACUGCAAAGCUAAGUGGGUUUUGUCUCUCUGUCUCUAUCCCGGAAGGAGAGACGUUUGUUAAGGUAGAUGCUGAUAGAGUAGAAGGAGUUUUGGAUUAUUUAGAGUAUAAGUAUGUGACGAGUGGUGUAGUGAAUGAGAAUACAGAUGUUUUUAGUUUUGGAGUGUUGUUGCAAAAUCUCUUGAUUGGAAAGUAUGGAGAGGUUGAUCGUUGUCAGGGUGAUGAGAGUUUGUUUGAACACGAGCAUAAUAGAGUGUGCAAGUUUGUGGAAGAGGGAAGAGUCUUUGAGAUAUUGGAUCCACAAAUUUUGGAAAAUAUGAGUGAUGAUGAUGAAAACAGAGAACAAGAGAGAAGGAGAAUGCAAGCAGUUAUAGUACUCUCACUCAAAUGUACAGGGCAUAGAGGUGAUGUUCCAAAGAUGGUGGAAGUGGCAAAAGAACUACAAAGGAUUGAGCUAUGGAUGUUGUAA